AUGACCAUCGGCGUCGUCGCGGCCCUCGUCGUGCUCUCCGCGCUCGCGGCAGCCGAUCACAGGCCGAGUGCGAUCGCGUCAAAGCCUGGCGCUCUUCUGGGUCUCCGUGGUGGCGGUGGCGACGGCGUUACGAAGCCGCUCGUCGUCGUCGGCUCGCUGAACGUGGACAUCACCAUCGAGGUCGAGAGGUUGCCGAAGAAGGAGGAGACCGUCAUGGCGAGCAGUCCGUGCACAUCGGUCGCGGUCGGUGGCAAGGGCGCGAACCAGGCCGCGGCCGCCGCGCGCCUGGCCACUGGCACCGGCCGGCCGGCGGUGCUGGUCUGUGAGUUUGGCAACGAUGGCUACGCCGAGACGAUGCGGACGGCGCUGCAAGAAGCCGGCGUCGACGUCUCGCGCUGCGCGCACUCCGCGGAGCUGCCGACGGGCCAGGGCAUCGUGAUGCUCACUCCCGACGGCGCCGCAUCGAGCAUCGUCGUGCCCGGCGCCAACGCGGGCUGGACAGCCGAGCGCGCGGCCGCCCUGGAGGAGCUGGUGUGCGGCGCGAGCGCGGUGCUGCUGCAGCGCGAGAUCCCGGAGGAGGUCAACCUGGCGGUCGCGCGCGCCGCGUGCGCCGCGGGCGUGCCGGUGCUGCAGGACGUGGGCGGUGAGGACCGGCCGAUCGACGACGAGCUGCUGCGGGAGGUCGCAUAUGUGUGCCCGAACGAGACGGAGCUAGAGCGGCUCACCGGCAUGGCCAUCGGCAGCGAGGCGGAGAUCCUUGCGGCCGGCAGGAGCCUGCAGUCGCGCGGCGCGCGCAACAUCCUCGUGACGCUCGGCGGCGACGGCUCGCUGCUGCUGGAGGAGGGCGGCCGCGUCGUGCGGCAGGGCGCGCUGCCGAUCCCGGGAGGGCGCGUCGUCGACGCCACCGGCGCCGGCGACUCGUUCCGCGCGGCGUUCGCGCUCGCGCUGACCGAGGGCCAGCCGCACGAGCAGUGCAUGCGCUUCGCCGCCGCCGCGGGCGCCGUCGCCGUCGCGCAGCGCGGCGCGCUGCCCAGCCUUCCCACGCGCGCGCAGUGCGAGGAGGUGCUG